AUGGAUGCACUAACGACUCUUAGAACGGAAAUUAAUCGUCUCGGUUUCACUCCAAAUGAACAAGACAGUUUGCGUAAAUACUUCACUGAAAACGUAGAAAAAAUAAAUGUCGUCGUGUCUUUUCUCCCUGACUACGCGACGGAUGAUGAGAAGCGGGGUUACCUGAAGUCCUUAAUAUCCACGCCUGCAGGCACAUCAAAAUCACCCAAUGGACUUGUGUUCGUUUUUGUGGACAACUCCAACUUAUUUAUCGAAGGAAAGUAUACUGUAGGUAAUCUCGAAAAAGCAGGCACCAUUGAUCGGAAGAGAGGAUCCUUUUACUUCAACGAGCUUCGCUUCGAUCAUGGUUGUCUUCUAUCUACAGUAAUGAAUGGACGAAGAAUUGGCAGUGAUCCAGUGAUUGUUGGCUCACGUCCACCUCCGAACGAUUCGCUAUGGAAGCACAUUAAAAGUCAGGGCUUUAAAGUGGUCCUUUAUGAUCGAAAUGUCGAAAAUAAAGAGAAGAAAAUAGAUACGUCUCUCGUAGUUGAUGGAAUGAAAGUAAUCACGUCCAAGGAUCCUGGUGUUUUUGUCUUAAUAGCCGGUGAUGGUGAUUAUUAUCCAAUGGUAUUAGAAGCUCUUUAUCUAAAUUGGAAGGUUGAAGUAUGGUUUUGGACAUCAGGAAUAUCUGGUGACCUUUUGCCAAAAGAAGAAAAAUCAAGACUGUCUUUUUAUCCUCUGGAUGAUUGCUAUCGAUAUUUCGCAUACGCGUCUGGACCUAAUUUCGAGAAAAAAUAUGUUCUUGAAAUAACUGAUGGCAUAACGAUUAAAAAAUGGGGGGAUGAACAAAUAAUGGAUUGUUUUGUUUCAUUAGAAUUAUUUGGAUGGUGGAAUUGGGAAGACGAAACUGUUGUACACUUGUAUUUUGAUGAUAAAUUGUAUUUCGAAAAGGCAAAAAAAUGGAUGGAAGAUAAAUAUUCUGAUAUACAAGUUUGGGAAGCAAAAAGAAGUAAAAGUAGACGACAGAGUCAUUAA